GAGCUAGCGAAGGAUCCAGCGGCGGCGCUCGGCAUUGUGGCUGGCGGUGCGGGCCGGCGAGGGCGCCGGGGCCGCGGGCAGCGGCGGGGCGGAGAGAAGCGCGCGCGGAGGCUCGGACGGCGCGGCGCCUGGCGCCCCGGGCGCCCCUGAGCACCCUCGUCUGCAGCCGCGCAACUUCGGAGCCCCGGAGCGGGAGCCCGGCGAGCGCAGAGAGGGGCGCGCCAGAGCCUGGCUGCGGAGCGGGUGCCGGGCACCGAUCGCGCGCCCCGUGCCCGGUGGCCCUCGGCGCAGCGUGGCUGCCGCUGCCCCCACGGAGGGCACGGGCUGGCGCGGCCGGGCGCUGGGGAGGACGGCGAGGAAGAGGCGGCGGCGGCGGAGACGGCGGCGGCGAGGCUGGGGCCAGGGAGAGCGCCCCGCGGGAGAGGCGCCCGAGCCGGGCGGCGGGAGCAUGUGGGCCCGGAGCGGAGCGCGGGGCGCGCUGCUGCUGGCGUUGCUGCUGUGUUGGGACCCGCGGCUGAGCCGAGCAGGCACUGAUUCUGGCAGUGAGGUGCUCCCCGACUCCUUCCCGUCGGCGCCCGCAGAGCCGCUGCCCCACUUCCUGCAGGAGCCGCAGGAUGCCUACAUCGUCAAGAACAAGCCGGUGGAGCUGCGCUGCCGUGCCUUCCCCGCCACCCAGAUCUACUUCAAGUGCAAUGGCGAGUGGGUCAGCCAGAACGACCACGUGACGCAGGAGGGCGUGGACGAGGCCACUGGCCUGCGGGUGCGAGAGGUGCAGAUCGAGGUGUCGCGGCAGCAGGUGGAGGAGCUGUUCGGGCUGGAGGACUACUGGUGCCAGUGUGUGGCCUGGAGCUCCGCAGGCACCACCAAGAGCCGCCGUGCCUAUGUCCGCAUCGCCUACCUGCGCAAGAACUUCGACCAGGAGCCUCUGGGCAAGGAGGUGCCCCUGGACCACCAGGUGCUCCUGCAGUGCCGCCCGCCAGAGGGGGUGCCUGUGGCUGAGGUGGAGUGGCUCAAGAACGAGGAUGUCAUCGACCCCAGCCAGGACACCAACUUCCUGAUCACCAUCGAGCACAACCUCAUCAUUCGCCAGGCUCGCCUGCUGGACACGGCCAACUACACCUGCGUGGCCAAGAACAUCGUGGCCAAGCGCCGGAGCACCACGGCCACCAUCAUCGUCUAUGUGAACGGCGGCUGGUCCAGCUGGGCAGACUGGUCGCCCUGCUCCAACCGCUGUGGCCGAGGCUGGCAGAAGCGCACACGGACCUGCACCAACCCCGCCCCUCUCAACGGAGGGGCCUUCUGCGAGGGCCAGGCCUUCCAGAAGACAGCCUGCACCACUGUGUGCCCAGUUGACGGGGCGUGGACGGAGUGGAGCAAGUGGUCCGCCUGCAGCACCGAGUGCGCGCACUGGCGCAGCCGCGAGUGCAUGGCGCCGCCGCCCCAGAACGGAGGCCGCGACUGCAGCGGGACGUUGCUCGACUCCAAGAACUGCACGGACGGGCUCUGCGUGCACAAUAAGAGAACUCUAAGCGACCCCAAAAGCCACCUCCUGGAGUCCUCGGGGGACGUGGCACUGUAUGCGGGCCUCGUGGUGGCCGUGCUGGUGGCCGUGGCGGUCCUGUCCGUGGUGGCGGUGGUGGUGUACCGCCGAAACUGCCGUGACUUCCACAGUGACAUCACCGACUCAUCUGCCGCCCUCACCGGUGGAUUCCACCCGGUUAACUUCAAGACAGCCAGGCCCAACAACCCGCAGCUGCUGCACCCGCCUGUGCCUCCUGACCUGACAGCCAGCGCCGGCAUCUACCGUGGGCCCGUGUAUGCCCUGCAGGACUCCGCUGACAAGAUCCCCAUGACCAACUCACCCCUGCUGGACCCCCUGCCCAACCUCAAGAUCAAGGUCUACAGCUCGGGCACCACCGGCUCUGCACCGGGCCUGCCGGAUGGGGCCGACCUGCUGGGGGUCCUCCCACCCGGCACCUACCCUGGCGAAUUCCCCCGCGACGCCCACUUCCUGCACCUGCGCAGUGCCAGCCUCGGCUCCCAGCAGCUGCUCGGUCUGCCCCGCGACCCAGGGAGCAGCGUCAGCGGCACCUUUGGCUGCCUGGGCGGGAGGCUCAGCAUCCCUGGCACAGGAGUCAGCCUGCUGGUGCCCAAUGGAGCCAUCCCCCAGGGCAAGUUCUACGAGAUGUACCUUCUCAUCAACACGGCAGAGAGCACCCUCCCACUCUCAGAAGGGACCCAGACAGUAUUGAGCCCCUCGGUGACCUGCGGGCCCACGGGCCUCCUGCUGUGCCGCCCCGUCAUCCUCAGCGUCCCCCACUGCGCCCAAGUCAGUGCUGGCGACUGGAUCUUCCAGCUCAAGACCCAGGCCCACCAGGGCCACUGGGAGGAGGUGGUGACCCUGGACGAGGAGACCCUCAACACCCCCUGCUACUGCCAGCUGGAGGCCAGCUCGUGCCACAUCCUGUUGGACCAGCUGGGCACCUACGUGCUCACUGGCGAGUCCUAUUCCCGCUCAGCGGUCAAGCGGCUGCAGCUGGCCAUCUUCGCCCCUGCCCUGUGCACCUCCCUGGAGUACAGCCUCAGGGUCUACUGCCUGCAGGACACGCCUGUGGCCCUCAAGGAGGUGCUGGAGCUGGAGCGGACGCUGGGCGGCUACCUGGUGGAGGAGCCCAAACCCCUGCUGUUCAAGGACAGUUACCACAACCUGCGCCUCUCCCUCCACGACAUCCCGCACGCCCACUGGAGGAGCAAGCUGCUGGCCAAGUACCAGGAGAUCCCCUUCUGUCACGUGUGGGGCGGCAGCCCGAAGGCUCUGCACUGCACGUUCACCCUAGAGAGGCACAGCCUGGCCGCCACGGAGUUCAGCUGCAAGAUCUGUGUGCGGCAGGUGGAAGGAGAGGGCCAGAUCUUCCAGCUGCACACCACGCUGGCAGAGACGCCAGCAGGCUCCCUGGACGCCCUCUGCUCUGCCCCUGGCAGCGCCGUGACCACCCAGCUGGGACCGUACGCCUUCAAGAUCCCGCUGUCCAUCCGCCAGAAGAUAUGCAACAGCCUUGAUGCCCCCAACGCGCGGGGCAACGACUGGCGGCUGCUGGCACAGAAGCUCUCCAUGGACCGGUACCUGAAUUACUUUGCCACCAAAGCCAGCCCCACGGGCGUGAUCCUGGACCUCUGGGAAGCGCUGCAGCAGGACGACGGGGACCUCAACAGCCUGGCCAGUGCCUUGGAGGAGAUGGGCAAGAGUGAGAUGCUGGUGGCCAUGGCCACCGACGGCGACUGCUGAGCGCCUGGGACCACGGCGGCAGGCGGUGCGGGAGGCGCGGGGCAGCCUCCGGGAGGGGACUGCCGCCUCUGCCGCCGCCGGCUCACAGCUGGGACCCCGGCCUCCUCCUCCAGACCCCUCCCGCCCAAGCCCCAGACCACGACCAGCCUUAGAGAUCUCCGUCCUCUGUUGCUGACAGGGUCCCGCUCCCUCUGCGUCCCCUGCCAUCUCUCCAGGCCCCAGGCCUCCACGUGGGAACCUCAGAGAGGAGCAGGGCUGGGACUGAGGGCCCUGGGGCCAGUCAGGGGGCAUGGGGCGGCCUCCUUCCUCCCCCAGCCUCGGCCCUGUGACUGCCGGACUCAGAGGUUCUGUUUCAGCUCAUUCUUCACUUUCUGCCUUGGUUACUGGUUUCUCCCCCUCUGCUUUCACGCCCUUCCCCUCUUUGCAAGGUCAAGUACAACUCAGACAGACUUGGUCCCAUCCAAAAGCAAAAAGGAAAAGCAGAAAUAGGAAGCUUCAGACCACUAAUAAGGCUCAAAGAAGAAAAACACCAAAACCACAAGGGACAGGAAAACCCAGUUUCUUAGGAAACGCAAAUGAUUUAUUAUCCAGAUAUUUGGAUAAGUCCUUUUUAAGAAAAAAAAAAAGAAAAUGAAAAACAACACAAAAAAAUAGAAAACUCUUUUCUUGCGUGGGCACGAGUGAGUGUACGUAUGCGUGUGCGUGUGUGGGUGUGUCGACAUGCGGGUCGGGGAGACAGAGACUGAAGGCGGAAUUCUUUGCUGCUAAUGAAUGCGCCCGGUCCGAAUUCCGGCAGGGCCUCGGCCUCCCCAGCUGUGCGGGUCACACAGGGCUGUAGCCACGGUACCAAGUUUCCCGCUCAGGUCUCAAGCCAGGGGGAGCCCAGGGAUGGCGUGGGUGGGGUCCUCCCUCCCCUACGGCCCCAGGCAGGUGCCUCUCAGGCUCCUGGGAAUCCAAGUUAGAGGCACUGGGGUGGAAAAUGUGGGCGGAGCAGGCCUGUUGUGAGCCAAGGAGAAUGUUAUGGUCUGGCGGCUCCUGGAGAGGGUGUGGUCCAGAAAUGGGGCUGGAGAAGCCUCCCUGGUCAGCCUGUGUCCUGGGGCGCUGGGGAGCUGUACCCUUAGCGCAGGGCCUCCAGAACACCCCACCCAGCAUUCUCCAGGCCAGGUGGACUGGAGCAGGCCGGCAGUCCAGAGCUGCCCUUCCUUGGCCUCCGUGUCUCCUGCUGGGCUACAGAAGCAGUGGCCCACAGGCCUGUCCAGCUGCAGGAGCGUGGGAGGCGGGGCUGGGGUCUGGCUGGGAGUGGAGGCAGCAGGUGGGCAGCCAUCUCCCACUGCUCAGCUCCUCCCCCCACACCCCUGCCGACUGGGAGACUUUCCAGGUAACCUUCCAGGAUGGGUUGGGCGCCCGGGGUGGGGGAGGGCUGGCACACAGCACCACCCCCACAUUGCUCUGGGACAUUGCGGGGGCUUGAGUGGGGAGCGUCCCGUCUCUUCAGUUGGUGUGGCUGGGACCAGGCCCCCUGCACACCCUGGGCACAGGCACCUCAUCAAAGGCCUCUCCUUGGCGCCCACGGCGAGGCAAGCGCCAGCUCCCCACCAGCAGCGCUGGGCAUGAGCCCCAGGGCUUGCCCCGGCAGGUCCCUCGUGGCCUUUGGAAGCGGGCCAGGGAGGGGAACAGGGUCCCAGCAGCAGUCCCCACCUGCGGCCCAGCAACCUGGGCCAGGGUUGGCCGUGGGCAGACCAGGACCUGCCUACAGGUGUGAGAGAGGAUUCCUUCCAUCAGGGCCUGCUGGCAGGGCCGGGCCUGCCUCAGGGGCCGGGCCACACCUGGGUGCCGGCAGUAACUCCAAGGCUCUCAGCCCUGGUUCAUGUGCUUGCUGUCUGCCCCGCCGAAGGCGCCAUUCCCGGUGGCCCGAGCCCACAUGAGGGCAGCCCGCCCGGCCGGAGCCCACGCGUGCCCUCACAAUGUUCAGGCCGUCAUCUGCUUGCAGACCCUGGAGUGUAGCCCAGGAGUCUGAAGUCAGGAACCCGGCCCCCGCUCUGCCUGGAAACUGCGGUGUGGCCUCAGGCAUGCCACUGCCUCUCCGGGCCUCUGUGUGCUUUGACAUCUAGAAGGUUCCACAGCUGCCGCCUGCAGCCCGUGGGGUUCGCCCAGUUUCCGGGGCUUCCAAAGGGAGCCCCAGUGGGUAGAAGUUGACCUUGGCCUGACUGCCCCUCCUCACUGUCCCUUGCCUCUCACCUGUUGUCCUGGCCCCAGGCUGGGAGCUCUUAGCGAAGAGGCCCAACCGGCCACCCAAGUGCCACUUCCUAUCUUACUUUCAGAAAUUGUGCACUUUGGCCUGGAGCGCAGGGCCAAUUGGCUGAGGCCCCCUCGAGGGUUCAAACUGCCUGGCUUUGCCGGGGAGGCCAUGCAGGGCUGGCUGAGGCUGCACGCCCCCACUGCCUGCUUCUUUGUUCAGACCUGAGACAGCCCUGCAUGGUAGACGCCAUGGGGACCUGCAGGGCCGCUCACGCUGUUCCUGUCUCAUGUCUCUGGGGUGUGCGUGUGCGUGUGUGUGUGCGUGUGUGCUUUCUUCUCUGCGGGCACAUCAGGGCGCCCUGGGGAACAUGUGGAGGUGGGCGCACCUGCUCUGCCCUCCUGAGCCCACAGGGUAGGUUGGUGUCUCUUCUUCGUGCCUCUCCCUCCGCCUUCUCUCACAGGUCUCCAGCUCAGGGGCAGGGUCCUCCUGCAGGGCACCACCCAGGGCCUCUGGUCCCCUGCCCCCGGCUCCCAGGAGGUGACCAGGGGACGGUCUCCUGGCCGUGGCUGUGUGUCCAGGGGUGACCCCAGUCCCAGCCCUGUUUAUUCUGUAAACAGCAACCUGUAAAUAACGUUUAGCAUUCCUAUUGUAACAAAUUAAUUUUUAUGAAAUAAAUUAUAUUUCCUAGUCUAAUAAAAAAAUGCCACUUGUA